AUGAAGGGCAAUGUACAGAGGCAGUGGUUUACAAUUGGGCUGGUGGCUUCCUGGUAUACAUCCAACAUUGGGGUUCUGAUUCUCAACAAGUAUUUGCUCAGCAAUUAUGGGUUCCGCUACCCGAUUUUCCUGACCCUGUGCCAUAUGAUAGCUUGCUCACUCUUCAGUUACAUUGCUAUCGUCUGGUUCAAAACGGUGCCGUUGCAGACCCUACGAUCCCGUUCUCAGUUCCUCAAGAUUUCCGCCCUCAGCUUGAUCUUCUGUGGCUCCGUCGUCAGUGGGAAUGUUUCCCUCCGCUAUCUUCCCGUGUCCUUCACUCAGGCUGUUGGGGCUACCACGCCGUUUUUCACUGCCGUCUUUGCUUAUUUGAUGACUUUGAAGCGGGAGUCUUGGCUCACUUAUGCCACUCUUGUUCCUGUUGUUACCGGUGUCGUCAUUGCUAGUGGGGGUGAACCAAGUUUUCAUCUCUUUGGAUUUUUGAUGUGUCUUGGUGCAACUGCUGCGAGAGCAUUGAAGUCGGUUCUUCAAGGGAUUCUGCUAUCGUCUGAGGGUGAGAAGCUGAAUUCUAUGAACCUGCUGCUAUAUAUGGCUCCAAUAGCUGUUUUUGUCCUCCUUCCCUCGGCUAUCGUGAUGGAGCCAAAUGUUGUUGCAAUCACAGUUUCUCUAGCGAGAACUGAUACAAAAAUUGUGUGGUAUCUGCUUCUGAAUUCAGCAGUUGCGUAUUUGGUCAACUUGACCAAUUUUUUGGUUACAAAGCACACCAGUGCAUUGACUCUUCAGGUAUUGGGUAAUGCAAAAGGGGCAGUUGCUGUAGUUAUUUCAAUAUUGAUAUUCAGAAAUCCAGUGUCAGUUACGGGUAUGUUGGGGUAUGCACUUACUGUCUUUGGAGUGAUUCUGUACAGUGAAGCAAAGAAGAAGAGUAAAUGA